GAUAGAUUCAAGAACCUCCUCCUCGCCUCCCUCCUCCGCCCCAGCCUCACUUCCACUCCAGUCCGCCGGACGCCCUCUCCGAUCCUCCUCCUCCCCGUCGCAGCACGCCCGGAGCGCAGCCCCUUGCCCCUACCCCUACCCCGCCGACGAGGAGCUCCGGCCGCCGUCCCCCCGGCCCCUCCGUUCCGGACAUGGCGAGAGAAUGAGAAACCGUGGACGCGUCGGCCGCCGACCAUGUCAUUCUCUUGCUCCGACUGCUUCUCCGAUCUGCUCUGUGAGGAGGACUCCGGCGGGGUCCUGUACGACAGCUCCCCCGAGCGCUCCUCGUCGGGGCUGGGCUCCCCGGCGCGCGCCGACGAGUCGGUGGCCGGGUUCAUCGAGGAUGAGGACCGCUUCGUGCCCGGGUUCGACUACGCGGCCCGGUUCCGAUCGCAGCCGCUCGACGCCUCCGCGAGGGAGGAGUCCGUUGCAUGGAUUCUCAAGGUGCAUGCCUUCUACGGAUUCCGGCCGCUGACGGCGUACCUCUCCGUCAACUACUUCGAUCGCUUCCUUUACUCGCGCAGCUUGCCGCAACCAAAUGGGUGGCCGAUGCAGCUCCUCUCGGUGGCUUGCCUGUCAUUAGCUGCCAAGAUGGAGGAGCCUUUGGUUCCUCCUCUUCUGGAUCUUCAGACUGAAGGUGCCAAAUACGUUUUUGAACCGAGGACAAUCCGCAGGAUGGAACUUCUCGUUCUAAGCGUCCUGGAUUGGAGGCUCCGAUCCAUAACACCCUUCACCUUCAUCAGUUUCUUUGCGUGGAAGGUCGAUCCGACCGGCACCGGGGUUGGGUUUCUCAUCUCGCGGGCGACCGACGUAAUCUUAUCUAACAUCCAAGAAACUAGCUUCCUUGAGUAUCGACCGUCCUGCAUCGCCGUGGCAGCCGUGCUAUCCGCUGCUAGUGAUAUCCCGAGUCUGUCUCUCCGUAAUCCCGAGAACGCGGAAUCAUGGUGCGAUGGGCUAAGCAAAGAGAAGAUCAUCAGCUGUUACCGAUUAAUGCAAAAACUGGUGCACAGUAGUAGCAAGAGGAAGCCCCCAAAAGUGCUGCCCCAGUUUAGAGUGACGACUCAGGCAAGGGCGAGGUUUAGUGACUCAUCAUCCUCGUCCUCGUUAUCGCCAUCGUAUGAUAAUAAAAGGAGGAAAUUAAAUAACAGCUUAUGGGUAGAUGUUGACAAAGGAAGCUCCGAGCAGGGGGAAAUAGAAUAACCAAGGAAGAGAAAAACCAGCAAGAAAAAAGAGGGAGAGAGAGAGCGAGAAACCCGACACCGGGUGGUCCCCAAGCUGUCUAGAAAGUUAGAAGCCUCAAUGUUUUUUUUGUUGAGAGGGGUUUUCUUGGGUUGAUCAGAUUGACUAGUUGAUGAAGUGAGUGAUGUGGAGACCAUAAGUAAAUAAUGUAUGUAUGUACGUAUGAGAGGGGGGUUGGUGCUUUUGGAGCUUUUCUUAAAUUCUUUUUCUUUUGGGUUUCUCUCAAGGAGGGGGCAUUGCCAUAAACGUUGAUGGGGCUAUAGCUUUGCUGAUUCCCAAGGGAAGAGGUGGGGAGUUGUUUAAUGAUGUUUGGUUAUGAAAAGCAUAGGAGGAGAGAGGUGGUGGUGGCUUUUGAAAUGGUGGAUUGAUGGAGUGUGAAAGAAGUGGGGGUUUGAAUUCAAAGGCUGAAUUGAUUGUGGAAUGAAAAGGGGAAGGGGAAGGGGGAUCGUGGGACCUUUCACGACUGUAUAGAAUUUUGUUUUUAGAGAAAAGGGGGAAAGGGGCGAAGAGACAUCUUACGGUCCUCGGGUUGGCAAGCCUAAGGUCAUGCAUAUAUACAUAUAAAAUAAAUAUGGUGGUGGUGGUGGUGGUGAAGUAAUUCAAAGUCAAGCCUCCCGCAUCUACUCCUCAAAAGCUGAAUAAGAUGCGGCUCCUCCUUGGAUGUUACUAGAGUUUUGAGACUGAGAAAGAGUGAUUGUUGUAUGGUGUGCCUUUUCUUCUUUUCGGCGGGAAUCACCUUCCCCUUUUUUUUCCAAUGGCCUAGGGUUCGGCCUGACCUUAUACUGAAAAAUCCCUUUUGAGUGCUCGUCCAUACGUGCGAAGGACACACGUGCGGACAAAAAAUACUUUAAUUCUUUUUAAUUAUUUUUUUUUUUGGUUUGAGGCCAUGCUGCCCCUGGCCCGCGCGAUGAGGCGGGAGGGAGGGCACCGGCCGACGUUCGGCCCUGGCGAACGUAGAAAGGUUUUGGGACCUUUUCAUGCGUGCUUGUAUUGGUUUCCAUCGACCCGUGUAAUAAAACAGACUGUAUGUCAUUCAAAUUUCUUAGA